GGAAGAAAGUUCCUUGGUUCAGAAUGUCUCAGACCGUGGAGCAUGUGCCGUUUAUCCUCGCGAUCGUCGUGCUGCUCAUCCUCGUGGCGCUCAUGGUUGUCAGUAUCGUUCUCUGUUGCAUUCAGGUCUGCAGAUCUGGUUCCCUCAUGCAUGCGCAGUUUGGCGGUGGACAGCAGUCAGUCGUGCCAGCCCUGUGUCGACCAUGCCUGGAAGUAAAAGUGGAUGACAAUGCCGCCCAGUCGCCCUAUAUUUUAGAGUCAUGUGGUGACAUAUAUUACCUACACAAGCUCGAUCAUGAGAGGCUUGCUGGUCGACAACGUCGGUAUGGAUCCAUGGGGGAUAUCGACUUCAGCAGGGGGGAACAGGUGCGGCUUGGAAAUGAAAUAAGUUACCUGUAAUAAAGUGCAUGUUGGAGCAUGCUCUACGAUUUGGCUACAAAUAAACAAAAUAUACAAGA